AUGCAGCAGACACAGAGAGAUACCCGCACGCACGCGCAUAAAGCGGGGGGGAGGCACGACUCUCUCCAUGCGAACUACAACUCCCGGCAACCCUUGCGCUCUAGCGAAGAAGUCGAGCGCAAUGUGCCUGCUGUGGCGGCUGCUGCAGCAGCAGAAAGUGUGUCACUGGGGCACGAGGCUCUCCCUAGGAGUCACAUGGUGGAUGCUCCAGUGCCGCGUGCUGGCAUCUGCGCAGCCGCAGGCAGAGAGGGAGACCAGAGAGUGAGUGAGCCCUGGCAGAGUAAAAUUUUGCAGGCAAAGGGAGAGGCAGCAGCAGAGUGGAGCUCCCGGGCUGCUGCGAGGUAUCCCACAGACUCAGCAGCUCUCGCGCUCUUUCGACUUUUGCACUGCGGCUCUCAGUGCAAAUAUAAUCUUUUAAAGACAAUUUUUAAAAGGGCACAUUCCCACCAGCGUUCAGUGCAAGGUGACUGGGUUCCCAGCCGCUUUUGCAGCAUAACUUUGGGGGGACCAGAAGAAGUCCGAGGAGGAGAAAGGGGCAGCCUCUCGCUCCCCCUCGCUCCUUCCUCGCCCACGGAAUCUCGGCUCGCUUCUUCGCUCGACAUGAAUGACGGCUGUCAACUGAACAGGAUGGCCACUUUGGAUACGAACAACAACGCCCCAGGUAAGCCUCUCGCGGCUGGCUUCUUUAGGGAACGGGUCAUGCAGUGCUAUUCUCCCUCCUAAAACUUGCCCCAUAGCCUCCCCUUCGCGGCGACCUCCCGUCGCAGAGGACUGGCGCUUCAGCCUCUUUCGCGUGCACCUGCAGUGAAGGGAGCAGUCCUCCUGCUGCCCAGCGCUUCUGCAGCUACUCGUGGGGCGUCUGCUGGAGUUGGGGUGGUGGCGGCGGCAUUGAGUUCCCAAGCAGCGUAUCUCCCCACCCUAAAUACCGCAAUUGCUGAUAUAGAGAUACGAAGUGUGUAAACAACCUUAGAGUCUCAGACUGUAUCUAGCAUUCAGGAUCUUGCCUGAAUGCAUUCCCCCAAAUCACAAGGAAAAGAGGUGAUGAGUUUGGAAUUGGGAGAAACAAGAGUGCCCCUAUUACCUGCCCCCGUUCUUUUAGCCCAUCAGACUUCUCUAUUUCACCCCCCCCCAACCCAAUUAGGAAAGGUUGAUUUCUCAUCAUUCUGCUGUAGUUUCCUCCUGGGGGAGGGUGGAUCGGUGACAAGGGGAGCAAGGGAAAGGAGUUAUAGGUGUCAGUUUCAGGGAAAGAGGUCAAGCUUCCUUCUCCUUGUGGGGGGAGGGAGCAGAGUCAAAUGUCUUGCCUGGGCUACCAGUAGCGGCAGGCAACGCCCUACCUUGUCCUUUGGGGAGGGUGGGAUUAGGGCAGUUGUAGGGAGAGAGGAUCGGGGCUGCCUUGCUCCCACUGUGAGCAUCACAUACCUGGUGUUUUCUUGGGAGGAAGCCUCGGAAGGGGAAGGGAUGCCCAGAGAUCUCCUUUUGAUAUUGCCCCCCCCCAAAAAAGAAUUGGUGAUCCCUUAUUGGUUAUAGGGAUUUCUCUUCCCCUCCACCCCCACUACUUUGGAGUCACACUACUAGCACCCGCACCCCGCUUUGGAAUCCCACCCUUCCUGGGAUUCCCCCUUCAAGCUUCCCCAUUCAUCCUCUCACGUGUCCCCUUACCCGGCUCAGCCACGUGCAACGUUUGUUUUCCCUAUCGGCCCCGCCUCCGGUCGCCUCCCAUUGGCCGAGCUCGCCCCAUUAGCUCAUUAGAUACGCCUCCCCUGGAACUACGUCACCAUCCGGGAAGCUCGAACGUUCCGAGUUCGCCGUAGAGGGCGCGGCUGAAGGAUGGACCAUCCCUUGCCAGGGAGGGGAAAUGGGAACCAAUGGGCGGGCAGGGGGCGGGGCAAAGCGUGAUGGGUGAAGCCGGGAUAGAAGCGGGCAACGUGCAAGUGGGACACGUGGAGGUGAACUGGCCGACUUGCCAGCCUUCCGAUCUCGCCUCCUAGUUAUUCAGCUCUCGGGAGGUAACCCUCAUGGGGCUUUUGGGAGUGCGAAAGUCUUGGACGGGCAACUUAACGGAGCAUGAGAACCGAGUGGGCGAAUCACUCACGUUCACCAGUCUUUGCGUCCUGGCGUGUCGUCUUUGGCUGGAAAAAUCAGGCUUCUCUUACUAUUUUCACGGCCAUCUGCCAGAUCACUUUGCUACUGCUUGCCCGGUGGCAGCAAAGCUUGCAGCCUUGCACCCAGCCAAUUAAAGCGUAAAAUUUUCUGAGGAAAAAGAAAAAGGAAAUCGUGUAAGGUCACGUGUUCCUUAGUGCAUGUGCAGAUUGCCUUCCAUUUGUGCCCCAGUUUGCCUCAGUGCAUAUACAGAGUGCCUUUCUUUUGUGGUGGAAAGCAGGCAAUAUUUAUUGGUGCACAUGUGUUUUAACAGCAUUGGAUAGAAAAUAGGGAAGUACCAAAAGUACCAAAACCCCACCUUUAUGUUCUCUAACUAGUGUUUAAAUGCUGGAAAUGAAUGUUCUAGUUACAGAGGAGUCAUUCCAGCCUGAGGAGGAAUGGUGGGGGACCCAAAAGCUUCCAGUAUUUUGAAGACUGGGUGGCACAAAUAUUUUUUUCCCUGUGGUCUUUGCUUUGGUGUGUACUACAUUUGUAUUUCUGUUAGAUGUAGAUACUGAUUAAGUAUUAACAAUAGAACUGUGUAAUAAAAUGCACCCUGGGCAGUUUAAGUGAAUGGUAUUUGUCUAAUCCAAUAAUAAGGUCUUGAGGUUCCCUUAAAGGAGAAAGUGUUUAGGAAUGAGGAAAGGCUUUCUGCAUUUGCUGUGGGUUAGCAGUGGGAUAAUUCCUUUUUAAAGAUCUGGUGUUUUGGGUUUCAACACUUUCAAGUGGGGUAGGAUUUGCGGGGUCGGGAGUUUCCUAUGUUAGAAGAUGGGAAAGUCUCCCAGAGCCAAGUGGCUUGAUUGCCAUGCUGCCCAUUUCUAAGCAUAUUUACUCAGAAAUAAAUCCCAGUGUGUCAUUCCCCCCCUAAUAAGACCUCACAGAAUAGCAACCUGCAUUGCGUGGGUUUUAAUGGUGUUUUUUAAAGAUCUAGGGGCUUGUUUUUCCCCCAUCUCUUGUGGAUAUGGUUUGUAUGUACACCUACCAUGUUAGUUUUGAUUCCAUUGCUGGGUUAGUAAGUUAGUGGGCCCAAGGUGGUUCAGGGAUCUGGGUGACGGAGAUCCCUUUCCCUUUGAUUGACCUUGUUGGUUUUGAGCUCAGCCUAAUUUUAUUUUUGGUGGUGCUUGCAUAUGGACCUUCAGUGCUACUUUUGCUGCAGGUUCCCCCCUGCCCCCCUUUUGCAUCAGGUGUCCUCCCCUUUGGGGUGAGCAAACGGGUAGCAUGUGGCCUUGUGUCAAGGACCACGUGUGCUUACUUAGUGAUGCCACAUGUGUCUCCAGCCACUCCUGGCUCCUUGUCUCGAGAAGACUGACAAGACACAUUGCAAACGGACGAGAUACGCCUUUCCCUUUUUUCACACCCAUCUGGAAGAUUGCCAACUUGGUCCGCACAUAACUUCCACCCCCGCUGUGCCUUCUAGCAAGUUCUAUUUAUCCUCCCUGACCCACUUGGGGCAGUCAUUUCCCUGACGCAACCUGCAUUUAAUAGCUGCACGGAAGCUAGGGACUCCAAGCCGGGAGGGAAGAAGGCGGCAAGAUUUGCAUACCUUCCUCCUUCGCAGGAUUCCCUGCGCCACCCUUCCCAUCCUGAAUUGCUCAAUUUGCAAACUCUGCUUCUCGCCUUUUAAAAGAAGGAAAGUGAAGUCAUUUAGGAGAGGCUACUAGUAAGGAAGAAAAACAACCACCAUCAUCAGCAUUGAGGAAGAGAUUACUAACAAGGUCCCGUGCAAGGGCCGCAUGCUCAAAACCCAGACAGGAUGAUCACUGCUGCCCUAGCAAGCCAGAUGUUGGGCUGGCUCUCAGGCCUCUUCACCCCAAGUUCAAAUCAAGGUGCCUGCUUGAAAUAUCCCUACCCUUAUUUGCCCUUGAUGAUUUUCCUGAUUAAGCGUUUGUUCUGCAGAGGAAAGGACAGCCUGCUUUUAAUAAGCUGCCAAACUGUUGCACAGCAUUUGAGAGAUAUUGGGAGAUGUAUGAACGGCAUGGGAUUAGAAUAGGCACCAAAGUGAGUGGAGUUCCUUCUGGCACAUCGGUUGGCGCUUUGUCACUGAGCUCCAGCUUUGCCCUAAUUUUGGCAGGAUUGCAAAGUUCUCCUAUGUGCAGAAGAGCAAGGCGGUUAUCACAAGUGUUUGACCUGAGCAGGUUGCCCUGGACCCUUAGCGAAAAGUGGUAGAAGGGGAUCUGUGGUCCCACAGGACAAGAGCUCCAUCCAAAGCACGGCUGCUAAAUUUUAAUUUUAAUCAAUUGCUUAUCCUUUGUUGACUUCUCUUGGUGUGUGUGUGUGUGUGUGUGUGUGUGUACGGUUUCGAUUGCUGGCAGAAAUUGACUUGGAUCAUUAUCCAGCUCUCUUUCCUAUCCCUGACAAGGGCGAGAGGGAGAAACUCCAUUUACAGCUUUAUUUGUCCUGAUUCCUUUUAAUGUCUGCUAAGCAACCAGUCCCAGGUGCUUGGGCCACACGCAAGGAAGGUCAUUAGCUGGUGGUAACCAGUCAACAAGAUAAAGGCUCCCUGCUUGUUGUUAAAGGCCUGCCUGGGCACUGAACGUGGCUUCCACACGUGACCUUGUUUAUAAUCCCUCUGGCACGGAUGGCUUUGUUUUUACUUUGCUUGAGGCUUUUCCUACAGCAGUUUGGCCACUGGCAUGUAGCCCAGCUACAAAGCCUGGAGCAGUGGUAGUUCUUCUAUAGAAAAAAACAAAAACCCAAGCCAUCUCCAGGCUGGAGUAUUCGGCCCUUCCCAGCUUACCCACCUCCCCCCAGCUUCCAGGGUGGGGUGUAUGAUGGCUUUUUUGGCUUCCACCCAAUUUUCAACAAUUUCUUGGCCGCAUGCCUUCCUCCCUCCCUCUCCACUCGCUGCAUCACUCACUUGGUGUUUUUUCCUUUUGCAGCUCUGAGAUGUAGGUCAACAACUGAAAGCUGGGAGAGAGAGAGAGAGAGAGCUGGAUUGCAAGGGAAGAAUUUUGGCAAGACCAGCUCAGAGCUUGAAACUGGCCUGUAAUGUGGGGUUGGACUUUGCAAACCUUUUAUCAGGUGUGUGCUGGGAAGAGUCAGCUCCCACAUACCGGGGCAGCUUUGUUCUCACCCUCUGUCGUGUUUUGCUCACGAGUAGGUUUACUUUCACCCCUAACCUAUUGCUCCUCCAGUGUUCCAGGGUUUCCCCCUCUCCCAUAUGCCAUCUUGUGCCUUUAAGAACUCACACAUUCACAGUAAAUUACCACCUUUUUGUCCAAGGUUGGAGACAGCACCCCUUUGCAUAUAAGGCCACAAUGUGGAGAGCAAAUGGGGGCGCUCUGUGGAGUACUUUCUAGGAGAACUAGAAACACCUUGGUCUGAUCCAGCAAUGCAGUUAGAAGGUUUUCUUAUGGAAUAUCGCCUAGUACAUUUGACUCAGGGAAGGGUGGUUGUGGUACUGUUCCUGCAAAAAAAGUUUUUUAAAAAAGAAAUCCUAUAUUUGGAACAGGGAAUGAAUUUUGGCCCAAAUCUGCUGGAUAUGUACGUUUGCUGUGCUAUCCUCCACAUCAUGGAGCUUGGCUCAUUAGCCUGAGUAGUUGCUCUCUGAAGCAAUACAUCACAUUUGCUCUCUGUUAGCAUUAUGGGAGAAAACUCUUUUCCUCUCUACCCUCCUCCUAAUUUUAUAACCCUCUGUCAUGUCCCACUUUAGUAGUCCUUUUUACAAAGCUUAAAAUAAAAGGCCCCCAAAUGCCCAAACCUUUCUUCAGCUGCUCUGGGUCCCAUUUCUCGGCGCUCUCCCCAGCCUUCCACUUCUGAUUUCUGCCUCUUCUCUCCCUGCUUCCCUUCUGCCUUUGCAAUGGUCUUGUUUUUCUCUUAGAGUGCAAGCCUGCAGGCAGGCUCUGUUCUUUUUAAUGCAGUUACAACUUCUAGUGCUUUGCAGCCCUUAAAAAACAAUAACAAUACUUUCCUAGCUUUGCCGUAGUCUUCUUUCUUUUCGGAGACAGCCAGAGCUGUACAAAGCAUCCAACUACUCCAGACUCCCUUUUUUUCAAUGCUGCCCCCCUCUAGGGAUUCGCAGUUUCAAAACACAACAGACUUAACUUGGUUACAACAUAGGAAGGUUGUCAGAGCCUCUCUCUCUCUCGUUCUACUUUGCCCCAGUUGAAGCCUGCUGCCUUUCUUGGCUACCGAAACAUCUGCUUGCCUUUGCAAAUGCCUCUUUAGGGUGCAGCUGUGUGGUCGGGAUAUCAUCCGCCACAGUGAGGUCCAGAUACUUGCUCUUCUUUAAAGGAAACUCGAGGUUUCCAACAUGAUGUCUUCAAGUUGCCUAACACAAGCAAUCAGUUGGGGCAGCUGGACACCGAAGGCUGUAGUGAGGUGGGAUUCUCAACCCUCUUCCUUUUUUUAACCCUCUGCAGGUGGCGUCAUCAGCUACAUUGGCUCCAACGGGUCUUCUCCAAGCCGCACCAGCCCCGUCUCUCUGUGUGGCAGCGACAGCUCCAACGGCAGCUGCCAGCUGUCCUCGCAACCUGCCUUCCCCAGCUACUUCCCACCUUCGCCCACCGGGUCUCUGGUGCAAGACUCGGGGCGCCUGUAUGGGACCAGCUCCACUGGGCUCCGUGAUGAUGCUUCCCCUUCCUCCUCCUCCUCCUCCUCUUUGUCGUCAUCAUCCUCUUCCUACAGCUCUGGAGGCUCCCCCGUGGGGCUGCAAGUGGCCAUGGAUGACGGGAGGCGCAUCUCCCCUGCCAAAAGCACCAGCAGCAGCAUCACAAGUGAGUGCAAAUGCGAAGUUGGGUACGGGUGGGAAGCCCUGGGGUGUUUGCUGGUCCAGCCAACUAUGCCAGCAGAUGUAGUCCAAGUCCAAACUCCAGGCCCACCUUCCCCGGGUCAGUUUGGCCCUUUCUGCCAGCCACUAUUCCUCCUGGGUUCUUCAAAGGCUGCACUGUAGGCCUCCAAGGUUUUAUCCCCCAAAGGGUUGGUUGGGGAGUAGCAACCAAGCAGCCAAAAAAAUCCAGCCUUUGGGUAUGGAGUCUCACAGCCCCUCUUCCUCUUUUCUCCUUCCAGAGCUGAAUGGUAUGGUCCUCUUGUGUAAAGUCUGCGGAGAUGUGGCGUCUGGGUUCCAUUACGGUGUCCAUGCUUGCGAAGGCUGCAAGGUGAGCAUCUCUCUCUGGCCUUUUUAUUUGGCUGAUGAAAGCUGGAAGGGGUUGGAUCGAGGCCCACCGCCGAGAUAUUUUGCAGCUCCACACAGGAAAAACCCUCAUUUUCCCAUGCUGGUAUGGGGCAGUGGAGCUUAAGUGAGAUGUGGGAGACGGGGAUUUAAUCCCUGCAACACAGCCUUGUGCUGGGAGAGCAAGCCAGCUCAGGUGCUUGCACCACCUCCCUGACCAGUAGGGACUACAGCAGCAUGCAGCCACUGGCCUGCAAAGACUGUGCCUCCGCUGCUUGAGCUAGCACCCCUUAGGACUAUGUCUGUUCAGGCUUCAGAAUGCUCUUCAGGUUCAGAAGGGAAUGGAAGUGGGCCACACUGGUCUCUGGGAACUUGGGAAUCUGCCUUAUACAGUCACAGUCUUUGGUCCAUCUAUCCAGUAUUGUCUACACAGACUGGCAGCAGCUUUCCAGGGUUAGCCUUACUUGGAGAUGCCAGGGCUUGAGAUUGGGGCCUUCUGCAUGCUGGGGCCCUUCCCUUGUGGUUGGCAGUUGUUUACCAUGCCUCUGGGCUGGCCAGGUGGGCCUAAUAUAGCUAAAACUGGGAGCCCGGCCUUCUCUGCCCUUCCCUGCUCAAUGGAUGAGCAGUCACCUUCUGCUGGUUCUGCUUCCAGUUCAAGUCUUCAGUCUCCAGCUCACAGCCUGAAGGGAACUGGGCUGAAAAGCAGCUGCUCUCGGUUUGGCUUUGAGUACAGCUGCUCACUCGUCAGGCCUAGGUGCUAAUUUGCUCUCUCUCCCUCUGUGUCCCCCACUCAGGGUUUCUUCCGGCGCAGCAUUCAGCAAAACAUCCAGUACAAAAAGUGCCUAAAGAACGAAACCUGCAACAUUGUCCGCAUCAACCGGAAUCGUUGCCAGCAGUGCCGCUUCAAGAAGUGUCUGGGAGUUGGCAUGUCUCGCGAUGGUGAGUUCCCUGCCAUGCGAGGGUUGGAGAUUUGACAUUUUAUUUACCCCUUGCAGGCUUUGUUUCGUUAGGAUUCUGAUUUGUGGAAUAAUAACAAUAACAAUAAUAAUAAUAAUUGUUUAUUAUUAUUUAUAUGAUGCCCAUCUGAUUGGGUUGCCUCAGCCACUCUGGGUGGCUCCCAACACACAAUAAAACAUCAACUGUUAAAAACUUCCCUGUACAGGGCCACCUUCGGAUGUCUUCUCAAAGUCAAAUAGUUGUUUAUUUCCUUGAUAUCUGAUGGGAGGGCGUUCCACAGGGUGGGUACCACCACCGAGAAGGCCCUCUGCCUGGUUCCCUUCAGUUUCACUUCUUGAAGGGAGGGAACCACCAGAAGGCCCUUGGUGCUGGACCUCAGUGUCCAGGCCGAACGAUGGGGGUGGAGAAACUCCUUCAAGUAUCCUGGGCCGAGGCCACAUAGGGGUUUUUAAAGGUCAGCACCAACACCUUGAAUUGUGCUCGGAAACGUGAUAUCCUCAGUUGCCGUACUGACACACCCUGUUUGCCUCCCCUACAGCUGUCCGUUUCGGCCGCAUCCCUAAACGCGAGAAACAACGCAUGCUGGCAGAGAUGCAGAGCGCUAUGAACAACAUGGCUAACAACCAGCUCAGUGCGCAGUGCCCGCCCGAGGGCUUGUCGACGGGGCACCAGCAGCCCGCCAGCCCCCUUCUGUGCCACCAGCCGCAGCUGGCGCCACGAUCCCCACAGCAGCACGCGGCCUCACCUCCCCAGCCGUCUCCUUGCUUCGCCCAGUUCUCCCAGCAGCUGACGCCGCCCCGCUCCCCGAGCCCUGGCGAAGUCAUGGAAGACGUCAUCUCGCAGGUGUCCAAGGCCCACAAGGAGAUUUUUGUUUAUGCCCACGACAAACUGGCCACAGGGCCCCUGGCUCCCGUGGGGAGCGAGAACUCUCUGAGUUGGGAGAGCAACUGGCUGUCCAGUGGCUACCACGGCAACGGGCCCUGCCACCAAAACGACAACUGGAACUCUGGCUCCGCCCCAAGCAACACAUGCCACCAGAACAACAUGAACGGCCAUCGGUUUUGCCCUUCCGGCUAUCCCUCCGGGGAGACAGAUCCCUCAGUCGGCCAAGGCUGCCCCCAGCAAGGCGAGCCCAGAGAUAUCCUCUUGGUGAGUGUCGCAUCCUCCUCACAGCACCACACAAGGCGCUCUCUUGUUUGCCAGCCAAGGCUUAUUCAGCGACCAGUUCGGCCCCCAGCUGCCUUUUCUCUAGCUGUUAUAUAGCCAGCUUGUUUUAAUACCCCAGAUGGAAAACCCGUGGCUUUUGCUUGAGGCAAAUCAGAUGUGAUUUGAACCAGGAGCUUCACUAGCUGUAGCCACUGUAUUGCUACGAUUUUGGAUAUUCCCCACUGCCAUCUCAGCCAUUUGGAUAUAUUUUAACCAGUGCUAUUUUUCUAGGAAAAGGAGUGCCGGAACUUGCCACAAACACCUCCCUUGUUCUCUUAUAAGGACCAUGGCUCCCACCUGAAAGGUGCCGGAACCGAGUUCUGGAGAGUUCCGGCUGAUGAAAGCCCUGAUUUUAACUUGCCAUCUGAGUCACAGUUGGGUUAGGCCUGUGCUACUUGUGUUACUCAGGGCUCCUUGUACAUAUUUUGUAUCUCUUACAUUCUUUGGCUCACAAAAUGAGCUUUUUCUCAGCCACGCUCUAUCAUGUACUGUAUUUUUUGGAGCUUUCAGUGAAAAGCAAUCAAUAUUUUUUAAUAAUAUGUUCAACAUUUCACUGUAGCUUCAUUUAUGGUUAUGCAUGCGAAAAUUCAGUCUAUUAAUGUUUUUUUUUUAAUGGGGGGGAAGGAACAUUAGUUAGGAAGUCUUAAGCAGCCAGGCGUAGGGAACCUGUGGCGCCUCCAGAUGUUGUUGAACUCCAACUCCCAUCAGCUCCAGCUAGCAUGGCCAAUAGCCCAGGAUUGUGGGGGUUGUAGUCCCAACAGGAUCUGGAGGGCCACAGGUCUUCUGUUCCUGCUUUAAAGCAAAGACUUAGCCUACAAGAUGUAUCUGCUUAGCUCAGGUAGUGGUGGACUCAAUCCUGACUUGAAAAUUCAAUCUGUUGGCGUUCUCUUUUAGUCUGUUUUCAAUGGGUGGGAUGUUAACUACUGCAGUUAAGAUUAUGGCGUUUCAUGUAUGAAACUUAACUCCUACGUAUUGUCAGGCUAGAAAUCAGUAUUAGCUCAAUCUGCCUGGUUAUUCUGCAAAGGAACAACUCAUUCCUUAUGGCUGGGGGUAGCGGCAUCAAAUGCACAAGAGCAGCAAAAGAAGGAAGUUUAGAAGCUUCUAUUCCACCUGUUAACCUGGACUAAAACUCCCUGGGGCUAAUGGGACUUAUAUUACAAAGCAUUGGAAGGCAACAGAUUGGCAAAGGGUCCUCAAUUCUCAGUGAUUAUGUGGGCUUGCAACUGCUUCCAUUGACUCUGAUUCCAGCCCUCUACUCUUCAUCUAACGUGUCUCAUUUUCCCCCCCAUCCCAACAGGCGUGUCCUAUGAAUUGUCACCCACAUGGUCGCAGUGGCCGUACAGGCCAGGAGAUUUGGGAAGAUUUCUCCAUGAGCUUCACACCUGCUGUACGAGAGGUUGUGGAAUUUGCAAAGCACAUCCCUGGUUUCCGGGAGCUCACGCAGCAUGACCAGGUCUCCUUACUCAAAGCUGGCACAUUUGAGGUAGGAUUAUCUCCAUCCACUACUUCAGACCCUUGCUAGUUAACAGUUACCGAUUUUAUGUAUGUAGGAAGGGCUUAUAAAAGUGGAGAAUAAUAUUUAUCCAUUAAAUACUGGUUAAUUCUGCACUGGUGAAAAUAAUGGGGAGACAUGAUUGUUUUAAAAUUCUGAAGCUCAAAUCUACACCCUUAUUUAUCCAUAUAUAACAAUGAGACUGCAUCAAGGACAUUAUUUGCUGGCGUCAUUUUGAAACAUAAAGACAUUAGGAGUAAUUAAAGGGGUGUAAUCUGCUUUUGGGAGGCUGGAUCCCAGACAUACUCAAAAACCCCAAAGGGAAGAAGUGAAAAUCAUUCUGAGAACUUGUCAGUUUGUUUUGGUUCUUAAGAAGAAAAACAACAACCUUGCAGUUGAACCUAACUAAGUUCACUCAGGAAGUCCCACUUCUUUCAAAGCUAGUGUCCAUUCUUACUCGGAAGAAUACAGAUGGCAUUUGACUGUGUUGUGUGGGCACAGAUGUGUUCUAACAGGUCUCUCCUACCAUUUCCCCAGGUGCUGAUGGUUCGGUUUGCGUCCCUCUUCAACGUUAAGGAACAGACAGUGACAUUCAUGAGUCGCACCAAGUACAGCCUUGAGGAGCUGUGGGGGAUGGGGAUGGGCGACCUGCUGACAUCCAUGUUCGAGUUCAGCGAGAAGCUUGGAGCCUUGGGACUCUCUGAAGAAGAGCUUGGCCUCUUCACGGCUGUGGUGCUGAUCUCUGCAGGUGGGUGUCCUUGGGCAUGAGCAGGCGGGAAUCGCAGUCGUGGAUCACAAGCUUCCUUGUCCUUACCUUUCCUUGAAGCUCUCCAGUCACACCCAUCCAUUGUGUUAUUCUGUCCUUGUUUCACCUGUGUCCUAAGGUCUUCAAGCCUCCUACUCUACCAUCCUUGGCUACCCAAGCACACACCUACACAAUUCAACACCUUUUCCCCUUUCUGCUCCUUAUGCCUGGCACCUUCUCCCAGAAUAUCCACAGUGGUCUCCCUUGCUCUUCCUGCUUCCUCCUUUGGAAAGCUUUCUUUCCUUGAAGCCUUCAUCUUACUGCCUUAGUCUGAACCUCCACCCUUGAAACACCAACACCCUGCAACCGCAGCAAACCCCUAAAUUAACUACAUAUCUUCAUAUUUCUCCUCUGACACCUUUGCCUCGGCUCCUCUUUUCCCCAUUGUUCAAACUUGGGAGUGUAAGCUCCUUGAAGUGGGGAGCUGUCUCUUUUUCCUCGUGUUACCUUGCAAAAUGCUGUGAACAGUGGUGGUGCUUUAAGAGAGAAGGAUUCUUAAUAAAAAUAAUUCAGAGCUCCGAGGAGAUUGGGAUCUUUUGCAUGUCAGGUUUUGGCACCACUGCUCCUUGGGCUCCAGGCAAUCUGUGACCUUGUGGGAGGCUGAAAAUGUGGUUUGAUAGAUCAGAGACCUGAAAACCAGGCAGGUGUGUCUGUUGUGCUGGGCACGCCACUGUUACCAUGUUACUGACUGCCCGUCCCUCUCUUGUGCAGAUCGUUCAGGCAUUGAGAACCCAGGAUCAGUGGAGCAGCUGCAGGAGAUGCUUAUCCGUGCCCUGAGAGCCCUCGUCCUCAAAAACCACCCCCAGGAAACAUCCCGUUUCACCAAGCUGCUGCUGAAGCUUCCCGACCUGCGCACCCUCAACAACAUGCACUCUGAGAAGCUGCUCUCCUUCCGCAUUGAUGCUCAGUAGAAGACGGGGAGGGCCUUGCACAUAACUACUGGACCACCCUCUCGUCUUGCCCUCCCUGCGUUGUUGCACUAACCAGACUGCUCUCUCUGGGCCUGGACCCAGCAAACUAUAUUUAUACCGGCAUAGGAGCUGCUGCCCCCACCUGCUCAGAAGCAAGCGGCCACAAGCCGCCUUUUGUAAAUAUAUCUCUGUAUAUUGGAGUUGUGUGAAUAGAACCGGCAUUCUUCCCUGCUGUGGCGCUGGCCACACGGGAAUAAUAUAUUGAAAACCAAAAUGGCUUGGAUCCACGUUCUUCCUGAGUUCACCUUGUGUGUCCGCCCCCGCUCUUCUCCUGAGUCGGAAGGGAAGGUAUGGUGGAGGUUUGGGGGUAACCAGUUGCCUCGGCUAGAGAGAGGCGACUAUUGGAGCUCUAUACACAAGGGAGACAUUGGCUGCCCCCCGCAAGCCAGAAGUGAAUUGUGGUGCUUAAAAUGGUGGCUGUCCUGCCCCACUUAUUUUGUCAGGGCUUAAAUAUGGCAAGAUGGUGGUUUAAGGGAAAACCAUGUGUUUCCAUUGGUGUGGCACCCACAUAUUUUGUCCUACUCCUACCUCUGGUCAAACCAGUUUUUGAAACACUACAGCCUCCCAGCUGAAAGGCCUUGUUACCAGGUGAAAAAGAGGAAGACCAUCCACAUUACAUGUAACUUUUACACCCUCUUUCAAAUCUUUUUUAAAAAAAUCCCCUGUAACCGGCCAAUCUACCCUCAGCCUGGUUUUUCAAUAAUGUGAGGCACUUACACAUGUCAUCGGUAUGGAACCCAUCUUCCCACCACCACCCCCAAAAUGUGGUGAUGCAUUUUUGCUUUGGUGAGGGUGGUUGUUUUUGGUUUAGCAAAAAGGGGUUUCUACUGACCUUUUAGGUGUGGGGGCUUUAAUGACUAAAAUGGUGAAUUGGGAGGGGAGGGGGAAAGCCUUGAGAACAAAGGCUCCUACGAUUUUUACCUGCAAAACAGAAAUAUCAAGCAAGCUCCACAUUCUUCUGUGUUUUGAUAGUUAAAGAAUAAAUUUUUGCCCAUCGCUACUCACCAUAAAUGAGACACCAAAAACCAGUUGGGGCUGUGAGGGUUGUUUUUUUUUUUUUGUCAUUUUUUUUUAAGGGUAGGUUUGUUUGUUUUUUUUAAUCAUAUAUUUAUUACAUAAAUAUAUAGUAAAAUAGACCAGCGACAAUUACCAUAAAAAUAUCUUUCUUUAAAAUCCUGACCAAAAACACAAAAAAGGGUUUGUUUGUUUUCCCCGCCCCCGACUUUUCAGGGUUUUUUUUUUCUUUUUUCCAAAAUCGCACGUCACAGACAAAUCGUGAUUGUCGUAUUUUUUUUACAUCAGCAGCUUCCUGCUACCCAGACAC